AUUAUAAAAUAUUUGUGAAAUUCUCUUAAAAGAGAAAUUUCUAUCAAAUAUGUUGCACUUAGGAAAAAGAAACAAUCCAUUUCCUUGUUUCAUAUCACCGACUAUAGCAAAUCAAUUGAAAUAUCAUCAAAUUCAAGGUUUGAGAUUUUUGUACAAGAACUUUAUAAAUGUGUGUAAGAAAAAUGAUCAAGGAAUAAUUUUAAAUGACGCCGAAGGGCUAGGGAAACGAGUCACAAUUGCAGCUUUAUUACAUGCUUUCAUAACAAACAGUUCUAAAAUAAUCUCUUCAGUGUUAAUUUUGUGCAUGAGCAAAUCUCAAAGCGAAAAAUGGAUGUACAUAUUGCACACGUUUGCGGGACUUGAAACUAUCUCUGUAUCUGAUUUUGAAAAAUUGAAAAAAGGAAUUGUAAUAGAGUGUAUAAAAUCUAGUCAUUUUGAAUUAAAUUGUAAUUCUUCUUUCAAAGACUUCAAUUGUGUUAUAUUGGAAGUGACCGAUUCUAUUAAUUGGAAUAUGUUAAAAAAAAUAAUGUGUCCCGUAAGAACUCGAAAAAAAAUAAUAGUUACUGAUACGAAGUUACGUGAUGACUUACUAAAACUUUGGUCUUGCAUUAGCUGCAUAGAUCCUGAACUGGCGGGAGAUCAGUCAUAUUUUCUUCAGAAAUUUGAACACAAAGAUUUCAAAUAUGAAAUGAUUUUAUCUGCCAGAUUACGAAAUAUUUUAUUAAGAAGAGAACUAAACGAUAUAGAUUAUAAAGAUUUUCCAAUAGUCGACGAAAAGGUAACUGAAAUGGAGUAUAAAGCAUGGAAAAAAAAUAAACAAUUCAAAUUAGUAUUAUCAGAUUCACAAUCCAGUAAUUCAACCAGUGAUAAUAGUCAAAAGAGCAGUACAGAUUCCGAUACAUUCAAAAUACCUAACUUACCUUCUAUUAACAAUGAAGAUGAGAAUGUUUCCAAUUCUAUAGCUACAAAUAAUAAUAUAAAGCAUCUUACUUAUGUUGUUUCUACACCAUUGUCAGAUGAAUCAAUUAUGCCUGAAAACGAUGGCAUUCAAAGCCAAAACACAAGUAAUUCCAAAAAAAGUUUCCCCAAAGAUAUUGUAUCAGCACGAGUAGUGUCUCCAUCAGAUUACACUUCAGAUGAAACUUUUGAAGCCUUGAGUUUGAUAUUUCCAAUAACACAAAAUUGUAGAAAAAGGAGAUCACCAAGAAAAAGAAAAGCAGAGACUCAUCGAUGGCUAGCAUGCUCAAAAGAUAAAAUUUUAAAUGAGAAAAUUGAUUUAAUGCUUAGUUCUGAUGAUAGCAGCUCCGAAUUAAGUCGUGAGGUUAUAAAUCAUAACACUAGUGCUAAUAAAAGCAUUGAUCAAAGUGAUAAUGAAAUUUCAAUUGGUUCUAAAACCAAUAAUUCAAUGUGUUCAACUAUAUACCAAAGAAAUAACAAAGUACAGAUAAGUGAGACUGAAAGCAUCUUAGAAAAUAUUUUUUUCUCCUGACAGAACUAUUAUAGCUAGCGACAUCAUAGACAGUUUAGUUUCCAUUAUUUUCACUAAUAAUUUAAUUAAUAGGUGAUUUUAAUCUUAAAUUGGGCACUAUGAGA